UUUGUAUAGUUAAAUUUGGCAUGUGAACUAUAACUGAAAUAGAAAACCAGAAUAGGGUACCUACAUUGCACUUUGCAGAUCACAAAGAUUUCUGUAAAAGAACAUACGAUUUACCAAUAUACCGUAUAGGUACUGAGCAUUAUAUAUAAGUUCUAUGGAUUUAUCAUAGUAAAUAAUAUAUUUUAUUAUGUCUAUGGCAAUCGUCAAUUGUCGAAAUUCGUCGGCGACGAUUAACAAUUCUAAUAAUUUCAGCAAAUACCAUUGUAUUAUAGGUACAUAUAAUAUAUUGAAUUUGAUUUCAGUGAACAAAAAACGGACAGUUCGAUAAACCGUAUAUAUUAUAAUUUUCAGCUCAUUGGAGCGAGAUGAAGAUGGAUAAAGAUAGCUGUUUCUUCGGCGAUGGCGGCACUCUAGCUAGGUUUCACCGGAAGAGCCGAUGUUUACGCAAAUGGUAUUCGUCAGUGGAGAUUUGUCAACUGCGAAUAAUAUAUCAUAAGCAGACUGAAAUGUGUGAACGUUGCAGUGUUUCGAAGACUAAGUUCUAUAGCAGAUUUUGAUUCGGACACGGGAUGUAUAAUUAUUAUUCAUAGGCCCAUGGUGAGCAAUGAUCAUGGAGGGAGAGUUUGCUGAUGUACAAGAGGACUUUUCUAAUGAUUUUUGUAAUAAAAUAAAUCAGAAUAUUAUCUUAGUUUAAAUCACCGGUUAUAUUAAUUUAAACAAAACAUUUUAUAUCUAUAUAUAUAUCUAUAGAUUAUAAAAAAAAUUAAUUAUAUAAAAAUAUUUAUUUAUCUACGAUGUGCAGUGCAUAUAUCCUCCAGUGCCGCUGGUCUCGUUGGAAAAUCAUAAAAAAUAACGGUCAUCGAGAUCAGAUGUACUGAAGACCACGGUCACGAUCAACAACAGUUUUGUAACUGUUGCCAGCUGAACAUGGAUGAUUGAGCGCCUAUAUCCACGAACGGGACAACCACCGCCUGCCGUGUGCACUGUACAGUACUACAGUCUGAUGAUCUUUGAUAAAGAAAUAUUGGCCAUAAUUAACAGCAAGCUGGAAUGUCUCGAGUACAUACACGAGAUUGGUUGUUCUAGAGCAGGGGUCACCAAAUGGCGGCCCGCGGGCCGCAUCCGGCCCGCGAAUGCAUUUUAACCGGCCCGCAGACUGAGAGGAAAAUCCAAUAAUUUAAUACGUACUUAUUAUAAAGCGCGACUGUUGUAAUAAUAAAUGUUGCAGGUAAUUUCUUAUCUUUGUACAUUAUUACUGCAUUAUUAGGUUUUUUCGGCUGCAACAAAUAUUAUACUAGCCGUGAAGCAUAUCUUAUCUUAUCUGUUUUAUUAUUUAUUUGAAAUUUCAUUACGACAAGUCGACAACUCGUUAAGUCACACAUAUUAAUAUACGUACUACACGUCAGUCCGUCAGUUAUCGGUGAGACGGUGGUGUCCGCUGCGACGUAAUUUUUGUUCGUCCGUUCCGUUUUGUUUAUUAAUUUUCGUAAUUAAAUAAUAUAUUAUUCUUUGUUUUAAUUUGACUAUGGAUAGAAAAAGAAGAAAAGUAGAAAAUGAAAAUAGACAGUUUUGUCCUGAAUGGAUGGACUUAUAUUGUUUUAUUUUACCAGAUAGAGUAGGUGCCUUACCUGUUUGUUUAAUUUGUAAUCAAACAGUGGCUGUUAUGAAAGUGUUUAAUAUCAAACGUCAUUAUGAGACACACAAGUCAUUUGCCGAAAAAUUCCCAUUGGGUACUGGCAUUCGUAAAACAAAAAUUGAAAAUCUAAAAAUGAAAUAUAAAUCGGCAACUCAAAUUUUGAGCCAUGCAAUGACUGAACAACAGAAAUGUGCACAGGCAUCUUUACAAAUUUCGUGGAUACUCGGUAAACAUAUGAAGCCAUUUACAGAUGCUGAUAUUGUUAAAGAAUGUAUGCUUCAAUCUGUAAAUAUACUGUUUGAAAAUAAAAAGGAAAUUGUCGAAACUUUUCGUCAUAUCCCAAUAUCAGCAUCCACUAACACGAGAAAUACUGAAGUACUGGCCAAAGAUAAUCACAAUCAGUUGAAACAAGAUCUAUCUACUGCUGAUUUUUAUUCUAUAGCCUUGGAUGAAUCUUGUGAUAUCACAGAUACAUCUCAGCUAAUAAUUCACGUGAGAUACUUGAGCAAUAUCAGUGGGGCAUUUUACGAAGAGUUAUUGACACUUUUGCCGUUAUCAGGGACCAGCAAAGGAAAUGAUUUGUACAAUGCUGUAGUAUUGUAUUUUGAAACAGAAAAUUUAAAUUUGAAAAAAAUUAUCUCUGUUACAACCGAUGGUGCACCAGCGAUGAUUGGCGCUCAUCAAGGCUUUGUUCAAAGAUUAAGAAAUGACCCUAAAUGCAACUCUGAUCUUUUAUCGUACCAUUGUAUCAUUCAUCAAAGCGUCCUUUGCUGCAAACUGGAUCCGUGUUUGGAAAAAAUUAUGAAAACAGUAAUGAGUAUUGUUAAUUUUAUACGUGCAAAAUCUUCACUCCAGCACAGACUAUUUAAGGCACUCGUUCAAGAAAAUGAUACUCAGUUUGACGAUUUAUUACUUCAUAAUAAUGUGAGAUGGCUGAGCAAAGGAAAUGUUUUGCAAAGGUUUUUUAACUUACUGAAUGAAAUUGAACUAUUUUUAAUUCAGAGUACACAUUUGUCUGCCAAAGACUAUCACGAAUUUAUCAGUGAUAAUAGUAACAUAGCAACUAUUGCGUUUUUGACAGAUAUAUUUCAACACAUAAAUUCGUUCAACUUGAAACUUCAAGGUAAUCAGAAACUAAUUUGCCAUUUAGUUUCUGAGGUAAAUUGUUUUUGUAGAAAAAUUGACUUUUUUUUACAAGAUGUUGGUAAUGAACGUUUACAUUUUCAUAACUUGAAAAAAAUUUGUAGAUGAAAAUCACGAGAUUGAUAUGACAAAUUUUACGAAGUUUUUGGAAAGUUUAAAAACUGAAUUCGAAAGACGCUUUGCUGAUUUCAGAAAAAUCAAAAACGUUGUACAACUAUUGAACAGUAGUUUUACUCUGCAGCCUGAUGGUGAAUGGAUUAACGAAGCAGAAAAUGUUUUCAACUGCAAUAGAGCACAUCUUCAAAUGGAAAUAAUUGAAUUUCAAUCAGAUGAUGUCCUAAAAAAUUUGUAUAAUGAAAAGUAUUCAAAAACUGAAAUUGAUUCUACAUAUUAUGAUGAAUUUUGGUUGAAAUAUGUAUCUGAAAAGAAAUACCCGAUGUUGAAAUUAUUGACAGUGAAAAUGUGUACAAUGUUUGGCUCCACAUACGUCUGUGAGUCUGCUUUUUCAAAAAUGAAUUAUAUCAAAAACAAAUUCCGAUCCCGACUCACCAACGAACACCUUGAAAUGAUGAUGAAGAUAGCUACCACAAACCAUAACCCCGACUUAAAGCAGCUAGUUGAAAGCAAGAUCUGCCAUUUUUCUCAUUGAAAAUAUUAAUUGAUAAUUGUUUCAUAUAUUUAUUAAAUUUAAUUAUAUUUGCAUUAGUUUUAGUUACAUAAUAAUUAAUAAGUGUACAUAUUUUUUUUUUAGAAAUAAAGUAUUUUUGACCAACCGGCAUAUUAUAAUAAUUAUUAUGAAAUUUGAAUUUUUAUGGCCCGCGAGAAUUUUCCGAAUUCUUAAUGUGGCCCGCGGAAAAUAUUAAUUGGUGACCCCUGUUCUAGAGUGUAAAAAUUUGAUUCAUAAUUUAUAAUUCUAUAAUUUUAAUACUUGUGGCCGGUGGGGAGGGGCAACAGGAGCAUCCCCAUCUGAAAAUUUUUUAACAGGCCACUGAUUUAAUGUAAUAGAUACCUACAUAAUAUUUUCUUUUAUAAGAAUAGUUACUCCGUCACUUUUAUUCAGAGUUCCUAUAGUUAAAAUUAUAAGAAUUUAAAUACAAUGUUAGUUCAUCAAAAUGCAAUCUAAUACUUCUGAUAUUUAUAUGUAUAUUAUUAUUAUUUAUUAUGUAUAUUGUAUGUACCAAUAUUAUAGAGUAUAGACGUGAGAAGUUUAGACGAGACACGGCGUGUGGUAUACGUAUAUACAUUAUACAUGUUAUAUACUAAAUAGUAAAUAUACUUAAUAUAUCAUAUUAUAAUAUCGAACAUAUUAUAUUAUUACCUAUAUAUUUCUGUCAUCACUGCGGUGCGUUUUGUCGAGCGUUAUAUUUCUAUUAUUUAUAAUUUUAUAAAUCGUGAGCAACGCCUGUCGCAGCAGCAGAAGUCAAAAUCCAUUUCUGUCUCGUCGAUGCCGGUUCGACUGGCCACUUCAGACGUGAAGGCAAGACGCGAUCUCACGGAUCCGCGGCCACGGAAAGGUUCCACUUAAAUGCCAGACUACAUUGCAAUGUGGUUUGGAGCCGCCGAGGUCGAGUCCGCCCCGAUGCAUGUUUUGGCUGAGUCCGAAAACACCCCGACGAAACCACUUCACGUGACAGUAUAGUGAUUGAGGCGCUCACUUAUUGGCAGGACCUGCAGGUAGGUGAUACCCCCCCCCCCCGCCCCUACACGCACACCAUAGCGAUGAAACGUAACCUCGGUAACCGCAAUUAAAUCUAAACCCCGUUCUCUGUGGAGUCAGACUAAAAAGUUCGUCAGGCGCAUUUUUUGUUGCGUUAGAUAUAUCCUGUCCCUAUAAUAUAUAAAAUGUAGCGGUACGUGUGUUGAAAUAAAAUGUUUGCCUAGAUUUAAGAUGACUAUACUGUAAAUCCUAUAUUGAUAAAUGAUCUACUCAAUUAUAUAUUUUGGGCUCCCUCACGAGAGUGUCAGAGGGGCCCAGUAUUCUUGUUACCGAGAAAUGAAAUAAAUAAAAUAAAUAAAUAAAUAUGCAGUCUUAUAAAUUUUUAUUUAAUAUAUUACAGGUAUAUUAUUAAUUAUUAUUAUUAUAAAUUAACACUCUAGUUUAAAAUUAAUUUACGUGUCUUGUGAUAAUCGUGAAUAAAGAAUAUAUUGUAUUGGUACUCGUACUUAUGUAUAUUAUAUAUUCUUUCGCAGUUGUUUUGUAACAGGGGUAAGAAAUCAGAUGAGAAAUCGUAUACUAAAUUUUUUUUGACCAAGGAACAAAAAUUGUUAUCAACAUAAGUGUAAAGUAAGUACAUUGAAAAAACUUAAAACACUGCGAUAUCACGUGAAGUAUUAUAACGUGUAAUACAGCUAUUCUUGGA